AUGCGCUUGAGAAUAGCAGCCAUACAAUUGAACCCGUUACUGGGGAAAUUUGAGGAAAAUGCUUCUACAGCUCUGAGGCUUGUUGACCAAAUCCGAAGCAAAAAACCUGACAUUAUCAUCUUUCCCGAACUGGCACUUACAGGAUACAACUUUGCCGGGCCCAAGCAGAUCGAGCCGUACCUCGAGGAACAGGGAGGGGGCAGAUGUUUUGAAUUUGCAAAGAAGGUCUCGCAGUCUCUUAAGUGCCACACGAUAUUGGGAUAUCCAGAAAAACAUUCCUCCACAACAUACAAUUCUGCCAUGCUGAUAGGCCCUGACGGCUCCCUUGUUCAUAAUUACAGGAAAUCAUUUCUAUACAAGACAGACGAGAUAUGGGGGGCAAAGGAGUCCCCUACAAGCUUUGAAGCCUUUGACAUUGUGAUAAAUGACCGCAAAAUUAAAUCUACUAUUGGCAUAUGCAUGGAUCUAAACCCUUACAAGUUUGAGGCGCCGUUUGAGGCAUUCGAAUUCGCCAACUUUUGUCUUGAAAAACAAGUACAACUUAUAUUAGUGCCAACCGCAUGGAUGAGCACAAGCUGGAGCGAAGACUGGAAAGAUCAAGCUAAAUAUACAAAAUUAUUCGAGCAGCAGCUGCCCUUCGAAAUCAAUAUGGAAAGCUCUGCCGCGAAUGACAUCAUAUUGAAUUCAUCGGAAGAGGCUUACGAUCGCACAAAACCAGACAAGCGAACUGCUCAAUACUGGCUGAUACGAUUCCAGCCACUAUUCUUCAAGAAACAUGACAAGAUGGUUCUUGUAGUUUGCAACCGGUCCGGCGUUGAGGGAGAUCUCAUGUAUGCCGGUUCAUCCUCAAUUUUCCGCUUCAAUGGCAACGUGUAUGAGGAUGGGGUCGACUUGGAUGUGUUUGGAACGCUUGGACAGGGUGUAGAAGGUGUGCUGCUCAGGGACGUGGAGAUCUAAAGCUCUUAUUUUUGCAACUGCUUCUUCAACUCGGCAAGCUCCUCCUGGACGGAAUUGUACGCUCUGCGCCAGCCCUCCGCUUCGCGGUACGUUUUUUCCAGCUCUGCUUUCAGUUUCUCGUUCGAAUUUGCAAGCUCGCUAACAGCCUGAUCGGUAAUAAGCUUUUCCAAGGUCCACUUUUCAAUGUUGGAGUCCUCGUUCUCUUUCAACCUCUUAAUAUACUCAACAGCACGCUUUAGAAUCUGGGACUUGUUGUGGUCCUGUGUUGGUAGCAGUUCCUGCAAUUCUUUAAUACCCUGGUUAAUCGUCUCUCUCCUUCUCUUUUCCACCUCCUUAUGGUUCUUUUUGCGCCAUGUGUGCCACUCUUCUGAUCCUGCUGGUGGUUUCAACGGUGUUGGUUCCACAGGUAAGGUUGUGCUUUGAGGAACGGUCAUAGUGGGAAGACCCUGUCUAACAGGUUUUUCCGCGUCAGUGGCGUUCUCUGAGGACCCCUGGGACUGAUUGGUCUCCAGCUUGAUGCGCUUGGCCUUCUG